UAUAAACCACAAACAUAUCAUCUCUUUGUAGCCAAGAACACAAAACAUGGUGUCCCUUGAAGCAGUUCAUCAGAGUCCUCCUCCUCUUGGAUCCAUUGAUGCACCUUCAAGCCCUCGCAUAUCUUUCCAAGCAGAUUUCUUAGAAGCAAGAAGCAUUUUCAGAUCCAUCACUCCAGAAUCCCAGGAGGAUGAUGAUGAACAAGACGACCCAGAAAGGCAAAAAGCAGAAAGAUCAAUUUAUAAUGCAGAAUUUGAGUUCCUGUCAAGCAAUAAUCUGAGUCUUCUCAACAACAAUAACAACAACAACAACACAGUGUUAACUGCUGAUGAACUCUUCUCUGAAGGUAAGAUCCUUCCCUUCUGGCAGAUGCAGCAACAAUCUGAGAAGCUCAAGAAGAUCAGUCUCAGAGCCAAAGAAGAAACUGAAGAGGAAGAAAAUGAAGAUGAUGGUGAAAAAGAAAACGACCCAGUAAAAGAGGGAGAAGAAGAACAAGGGAAGAAAGAAGAAGAAAGUAAAGUGAAUAAUUGGCUUGUUGAUGAAGAUCCAUCUCCAAGACCGCCUAAUUGCACUGUUCUAUGGAAGGAAUUACUAAGGUUGAAGAAGCAACGUUCUUCUUCUUCCUCUUCUUCUUCUGCAUCAGUAUUAUCACCUUCUUCUUCUUCUUCAUCUUCUUCUUCAAGCUCACUUUCUGAUACAGCUUCCAAACAAGAAGGGAUUAAAGAGAAGAAGCAAGUGAAGAAGGGCAUGAAGACGACGAAGCUUGAGAGAACAAGAUCAUCAACAACAAAUAUACGAAUUAGGCCAAUGAUUAACGUUCCCAUUUGCACGCAGGUCAAAAGCAGCUCGUUGCCUCCUCUAUUUUCACACAAGAAACGCAAGUAACAUCAUAAACUAUCUGAUGAGGAAGAUUUAAGGCUGUUUCAUGUGUGAUUCCCAGAGUAGUUCUCUCUCAAACAAGUUUACUACUUCUUCAGUUUCUCUUAUUUGUUCCAUAUUAAUAUUAUUAUGUUUUCUUGUUAGAUUAGUGUGAACCGGAUUGGAUCUGGGGAAUUACGAUAUGUAGAUUCUAAUUUCUAUAAUCAUAUUGGAUUCAAUGGAUUGUUGAUUUCUCCCAAAC